GCGCAGUCCGUGUGCUGAGCUCUAAUGGAGGACAUGUCUGCUGUAUAAUCGUCUUUUUCUGCGCUGUUUUUUUGCUUUCGUGCACUCACCAGCUGUCAGUCGACCCAUCGACACCUUCCAGAAGGCAGAAUGGCUUCAGACUCUGUCUCUCAGAGCUCUCAGAGUCCUGUGACCAGGAUCAUGACCUUUCAUCCAACAAAAGAGGAGUUCAAAGACUUCAACAGAUACAUCGCAUAUAUGGAGUCACAGGGCGCUCACAGAGCAGGAAUGGCAAAGGUGGUGCCGCCGAAAGAUUGGAAGCCCAGACUCACGUAUGACGACAUUGACGAUUUGGUGAUUACCGCCCCUAUUCAGCAGGUUGUCACCGGCCAGUCGGGUCUCUUCACUCAGUACAACAUCCAGAAGAAACCAAUGACGGUCCGCGAGUUUCGCAAAACCGCCAACACAGACAAAUUCUGUAAUCCCAGAUACGCUGAUUUUGAUGAGCUGGAGAGGAAAUAUUGGAAGAAUUUAACAUUCAACCCUCCGUUAUAUGGGGCGGAUGUUAGCGGAACCCUCUAUGACCCAGAUGUCACAGAGUGGAAUAUUGGUCGUCUGAACACUAUUUUGGACACGGUGGAGAGAGAAAGUGGGGUCACAAUAAAAGGAGUAAACACUCCGUAUCUUUAUUUCGGCAUGUGGAAGAGCACGUUUGCCUGGCACACCGAGGACAUGGAUCUCUACAGCAUCAACUACCUUCACUUCGGAGAACCCAAGUCAUGGUAUGCCGUGCCUCCGGAGCAUGGGAAAAGAUUGGAGCGUCUUGCUAAAGGAUUUUUUCCUGGAAGCGCUCAGAGUUGCGAAGCCUUCUUACGACACAAAAUGACUUUAAUUUCACCAUCGAUUCUGAGGAAGUAUGGCAUUCCCUUUGACAAGGUGAGUCAGGAAGCUGGCCAGUUCAUCGUGACCUUCCCGUAUGGAUAUCACGCAGGGUUUAAUCAUGGAUUCAACUGCGCAGAGUCAACCAACUUUGCCACCCAGCGCUGGAUUGAUUACGGCAAACAGGCCACAUUAUGUUCUUGCCGGAAGGACAUGGUGAAGAUAUCUAUGGACUUGUUUGUUCACAAGUUUCAGCCAGAACGUUACAAACUCUGGAAAGCAGGAAAGGACAAUGCGCCCAUCGAUCACACAAAGCCCACACCAGUGGAAGCGGAGCGGACGGACGAGAGGAGCGAGGUCCAGACGGAAGAGCUCGGAGACGGCAGCGGAGCAGAAGCGGAGAAGACGGGAGAGCUGCAACAUGAAGAGGAGACGAACGCAAACGCUGAAGAGAAGAAAGAAGCUGUCGAUGGACAGCUGGAGACGGAUGAGAAGAAGGCUGUUGGUGUUGAGGAACCCAGCAGCACCUCGGAGCAGAACAACAGCUGUCCAAAGCAGAUUGUGGGGCAGAAGCGUCCUCAUGAUGCUGAAGGACAAGAUGACCAUCAGGUUCAAGAAGAGCGGGAUGUCGAGAAGAAGAAAGCUAAAUUGAGCGAGGUUGAGACAGAUGCAAGCCAAGAACAAUCCAUCUCUGCUGAUCCAGGUGAAGGGAAGGCUGAGGAAACCAUGCAGACAGACACCCCCCCUCCAAACCUGGAGGAGAAUCAAGCCCCUCCUCCUCACACAGAGGAAGAGGUUUCUCCAUCAAACCAGCAGCCGCAUCCCACCUCCAGCAGUGACAUCACAGCUCAGGCUCAAGAAGAUGACGUCACUCCUUUUGAACCCAGUGAUGUCACCUCAUCUUCACAAUCCAAUAGCAUCAGUGAUGUCACGGCUCAGAGCAGUGAUGUCACCACUCAGUCCGAUGCUGUCACUCAAAGCUGCGACAUCCAAACCAAACCCGAUGACGUCACUCAGAACGGUGAUGUCAACACGGAGCUCGCUGAUAUUGAACCCAGUGACAUCACACCCCAUUCAUGUUCCUCUGACAUCACACCAGAACAUCAUCCUGCAGAUAUGUCUGCUCAGUCCAGCAUUAACUCCACCCACAUCUAUGAUGUCAUUCCCGAACCCAGCGACAGCACUAUCAGCCCUAAGCAUGAAGCUAGUGAUAACUCCUCCCACAUCUGUGAUGUCACCCCUCAACCCAGCGACAGCACUAUCAGCCCUAAGCAUGAAGCCAGUGAUAACUCGGCCCACAUCUGUGAUGUCACCCCUGAAACCAGCAACAUCACUAUCAACCCUAAGCAUGAAGCCAGUGAUAACUCCACCCACAUCUGUGAUGUCACCCCUCAACCCAGCGACAGCACUAUCAGCCCUAAGCAUGAAGCUAGUGAUAACUCCACCCACAUCUGUGAUGUCACCCCUGAACCCAGCGACAGCACUAUCAGCCCUAAGCAUGAAGCCAAUGAUAACUCGGCCCACAUCUGUGAUGUCACCCCAGAACCCAGCAACAUCACUAUCAAACCUAAGCAUGAAGCCAGCGAUAACUCCGCCCACGUCUGUGAUGUCACCCUUGAACCCAGCAACAUCACUAUCAACCCUAAGCAUGAAGCCAGCGAUAACUCCACCCACGUCUGUGAUGUCAACCCUGAACCCAGCGACAUCACUAUCAACCCUAAGCAUGAAGCCAGCAAUAACUCCGCCCACGUCUGUGAUCUCAUCACUGAACCUGGCAGCAGCACCAUCCGCUGUGAGCCCAGCAUUACCACCUCCAACACCUCUGAUACAAUCAUAGAACCUGGCAAGUGCAUUUCAAACACUAUCAGCACUGAUGAAACCAGUCUUAACCCUGCCCACCUCUGUGACAUCACCACUGAACCUGGCAGCAGCACCAUCAGCCCUAUACACGAGCCAGGCGUUAGCUCCACACACACCUCUGAUGACACUACAGAACUCGACAGCAGCACCGUCAGCCCUAAAUGUGAGCCUGACUUAAGCUCCGCCCAGGUUUAUGAUGUCGCCACAGAUCCCAGCAACAGCACUGUCAGCCCUAAACAAGAGCUUUGCAUUAGCUCCGCCCACAUGGAUAAUGUUACCCUUGAACCCAGCAACAACCUGGUCAGCCCCAAGCGUGAGCCUGACACGAGCUCAGUCCCCGCCUGUGAUGUCACCGUAAACGCAAAGGCCACGGAGCUUUCGGAGUCGCAGAGUAGCUCUGUGUCAGCAGGCGGCGGUCAGGUGAACCAGUCUGAAGUCCAGCGUAUCUUCCAGAGGACUCUGAGUCCGGCUGAGGUGCUACACGUUCACAGCUACGCUAAAGGAGAUUACAGCGAGCUCGAACCACGCAUCAGGCACGAGAGGGAACGAGACAGUGAUUCGGAUAGCGAGUCUCAGGAAGACAGCAAGAAGACAACGCGAACCAGAAUCCCCAGACUACCUAGACAUCACCCUCUGAUGAAGGACAUCAUCAGUGAUGAAGAGCUACAGGACCCAUCUGCAUCAGAGGAGGACGGUCUGGACGGAGAGGCCUGGGCUCGACCUCUGACCCACCUGUGGCAAAACAAACCAUUUAAUCUAGAGAGAGAGCGAGAAUACAACAGAAAGAUGGGGCUGGUGCCACCCUACUGCGCAGUGUGCAUGCUGUUCCAAGCACACCCGCGGUCUGAAGGGGGCGACAGCGAGUCAGCCGUGGUGUUGCGUGGAGGUCAAAUGAGAACCAAACCUCUGAUUCCAGAGAUGUGUUUCAGCACCACCACAGAGGAGAACGCAGGCGUGCACCUGUCCACACCUCACCUGGACGCAGACGGAACCAGCCUGCUUAUCAGCUGCUCGCACUGCAGCGUCCGUGUGCACGCCAGUUGUUACGGUGUGCCUCAAGUAAGAGUCACAAAAGAGUGGAAAUGUGCCCGCUGUAAAGCCGACGCUCUCACAGAGAGUUGCUGUUUGUGUUCUUUGAGAGGAGGUGCUUUACACCGAGCCAAUAAUGGCAAGUGGGUUCAUGUGCUGUGCGCAGUGGCCGUGCUUGAAGCGCGCUUUGUCAACAUCACGGAACGAUCUCCUGUGGAUCUCAGCGGCAUUCCCUUACAGAGAUUUAAACUGAAAUGCUAUUACUGCAAACGGCGCAUGAAGAAAACGUCAGGAUGCUGCGUGCAGUGUUCUCACGGUCGCUGUCCCACAUCCUAUCACCCCACUUGCGCGCAGGCUGCAGGUGUCAUCAUGCACCCGGACGACUGGCCGUUCAUCGUCUACGUCACCUGCUGCCGGCACAAAGGGCCAGUACAGUCAGAGCGAAACGCAGCAGCUCUGAGAGCCGAGCUCAGCGUGGGUCAAAAGGUCAUCUGCAAACACAAAAACGGCCGUUACUAUCAGUGUGAAGUGAUACAGCUGACAAAAGAGACGUUUUAUGAGGUCAACUUUGAUGACGGAUCCUUCAGCGAUAACCUUUUCCCAGAAGACAUUGUGAACCGGGACUGCGCUCAGCUGGGUCCACCUCCGCAGGGUGAAGUGGUUCAGGUCAGAUGGACCGAUGGCCUUGUUUAUGGAGCCAAAUUUGUGGCAGCUCAUGUCAUACAGAUGUACCAGGUGGAGUUUGAGGACGGAUCGCAGCUCACCGCAAAGAGAGAAGACGUCUACACUCUGGACGAAGAACUUCCCAAGAGGGUCAAGUCUCGUCUGUCCAAGGCCUCGGACAUGCGCUUCGACGGGAUGUUUGGAGAGAAGAAGGUUCAGGAAAGCAAGAGGCAGAGAGUGAUCAACUCCAGAUACAGAGGGGACUACAUCGAGCCCGUCAUCUAUCGAGCCAUCAUGGAGUAGUCGGCAAUGACGCGACCUUCAUCCGAAACCACCAGCACCCAUCCAGCAGACUCUAGUAUACCCUGUUUAUAUCAACAGCGUUCAGAUAGCAGUGGUCAGAAGCCUGAAGGGGUUUGACCACUUCCUAUAGACCCCUACAAGCUGUCGUUCGUCCAGCAUGUUACGUUUUUCUGGUGUGGGUGUGGAGUCGACGCAGGGCGUUCAUUGUUCAUAAUCUUUGUUCAGAUGUUCCCACAUGGUCCCCGGAUGAAUUGGCACAGGAAGCAGUAGCUUGUCUCAUUAAUAAUUGUUCGUAAAAAAGAAAUAUGAUUAUUUGUUAUCUCCAUUUUAGGAAUUGCGUUAAUUUAUUUGACUGAAUUCAGGGUGCUGUUUUACCCAUCUUUUACAGAACGGAGGUGCCAUUACAAUUUUACGAUGCUUUUAUAUGAUCUACACUGUUGUAAAUUGUGCAGUAGACAUCCUGAAUAUUGUGCUUUAUUUGGAACAUAAUGAAAUUAGCUUUUCAUCUCGAGAGAUGUUUUUACACGGCUAUUUAUUACCUGGUGCUUUCCGAAAGUAACUUUUACAAGAAAUGUGCGAGUUACUGUGCUGUCCAAGUUCAAAGCCGAUUUGUCAUUCUGUUUUAUGAAAGAGGAUAAAGCCGAACAUGCCAAGAAUCUCACUUUCACAGCUCACAGAGCCCUGCCUUGCACUCUUGUUUCAACACAAUUUCAGGCAUAAUGUAGCUUACUGCUGUCAACAUAUUAUCACACCCCCUGGGGUUUUAAUAAGCUAUUUUUGCACUUUUAACUGUUUUUGUAUGACUUUUUAUCUGUUUCCUUUCAGUAGCCAAGCUCCAGAGAUAACAAUGCAUUUAUGAACGUUGAGGCCCAUUGCCUGUCUGUUGACCAGCUUUUGGUAAAAGAUUGUAGUGGUCCUCCUUUGUUUGUUAGAGGGCUGAGUUUCACCAUAAAUGAAUUAUAAAAGUUUUUUAUCAAGAAGCCUUUAUUUGUUUUUUUUUAAAUACAUGUUUAAUGUUCAUAUACUGUGAGAUAGUUUUUGUAUGUUGUAAUUUAAAACUGAAGCUUUCAGCAUGGUUUUGGCUGCCUCUUGUUUUGCUUUUGAAUACGAGUCUCGUUCUCACUCCUGUUAUAAACGCAAAGGCUCGAAGACAUUUUUGUAUUUUGUAAAAAAUCAUUUAUGUGCGUUAGUAAAGAAUGUGAGCCGACAUGUUUCUUAUCAAGCUGCGUUUUUGCCCUGUGAGAACUCCGUGUUUGCUCGCGUGCACUUUUAUCCAAAGCAGCGAACAUCGCGAUAUAAUUAAUUGCAUGUUUGUUCUCUGGGAUUUAAAUCCAUGAACUUUGAUGUAUUGCUGAUGCCCGGUUUCACAGACAAGGUUUAAGACUAACUUAGUCCCAGACUAAAAUGAAAAUUUGAGCUGUUUUAACUGAAAAUAAAUUGCCCUGGCAUAUCUAAAAAUAUGUAAUUGCCAUUGUUUUGUCUCAACAUGCACACCAAUAAUGUUUUUAUCCAAGGCGUUUUAAUAAAAGCGAUUUAAAUAUCCUAAUUUAACUAAUAGUCCUGGCUUAAGCUAAGCCUUCUCUGUGAAAAUGGGCCUUACACCGUGUCCACACCGGACGCGACAGGCGCGACGCGACACAACAAAAGACAUUAGAAACGCAUUCGAACCCAUUAUUUCAAUUUUGUCCACACUGGAUGCAGUGUAAACACGGUGUUAGUCUUUAAUAAAGUAAUUACGGUGUUAAUAAAUCUACACAUUAUAACAAGUAGCAAUUCAAAGUAGUUAAACUAGAGUGUCGUCAUUGAUCACUGCUCGUGUCCGGGAUAACUGAGGUAAAUAAAAAAAAUUCUAAAACAUUUUUAAUGGAUCUUUAGAUACAAUGCAUAUGUUUUAAAUUAAUUACCAGUGUUGGGUAUGAUACUUCAAAAGUAAUAUUUACUAAUUACAUCAUCACUCACAAAAA